AAAAGAAGCUGCUUUGCUCUGUUAUAAAUUUCGGGUUCGGGCCCAUAGCUGUCAACACGUAGGCUGAAUUAAGCCCGGAUAGAAAUAAGCCCACUAAAAGAAGCACAUUUACCAUUUAGAGGGGGUCGAUUAACAAUGUUGGACUUCAGGUGAACAAUUUUAUCACAUCGUGCCCCAGUGUCAACGCCUCUGCGCGCCGUCCACGGCCUCCUCCUUCCUCGGUCGUCCUCCCGCCACCCGCUUUCGUCGCGCGAGCAUUUCCAUCACCCGCCGCGCGCCCAAACACCAGCACCACACGUCCAUUUGCCCCAGCAGGACCAUCCCGACCAAUCUAUCGCGAGCCAGCGAUCGAUCGAUCGACCUCCGCGAGGAGGACGACGACGACGAGAACAAACCAUGGCGCCGAGCAAGCUGCGCCAGGCGCUGGGCGCGGUCAAGGACCAGACGAGCAUCGGGCUCGCCAAGGUCGGCAGCGGCGGCGCCCUGGAGUCGGACCUUGACGUGGCCAUCGUCAAGGCCACCAGGCACAGCGAGUCGUUCCCGGCCGACGAGCGGCACAUCCGUGAGAUCAUCACGCUCACCUGCCUCUCCCGGGUGUACGUCGGCUCCUGCGUCUCCUCGCUGUCGCGCCGCCUCGGCCGGACCCGGAGCUGGGCGGUGGCGCUCAAGACGCUCGUCAUCGUGCACCGCCUCCUCGCCGACGGGGACCCGGCGUUCGAGCAGGAGGUGUUCUUCGCCACGCGGCGCGGGACGCGGAUGCUCAACAUGUCCGACUUCUGCGACCGCUCCCGCGCCGACGCCUGGGACUUCUCCGCCUUCGUCCGCACCUACGCCGCGUACCUCGACGACCGCCUCGAGUGCCGGAUGCAGGGCAGGCAGCAGGGCGGCGGCGGCGGCGGCGCCGCCGCCGCGCGCGGUGGUGGCAGGCCGCUCUACGAGGAGAUGUACGCGUCCCCCGGCAACCGCUACAUCUGCGACGCCGCCUCCUUCAACGGGAGACAGGAGGACGCGGAGGCGGACGCCGAGGCGGCUCACAGCAGGGCGGCGGUGGCGCUCGUCACCAGGGACCCGCCCACGAGCGAGAUGACGGUGGAUCAGCUGCUCGUCAAGGCCAACCAGCUGCAUCAUCUCCUCGACCGGUUCAUCGCCUGCCGCCCUGUAGGCGCGGCGAAGGCGAACCGGGUGGUGACGGUGUCUCUGUACCCGCUGGUUAAGGAGAGCGUGCAGCUCUACUGCGAGCUCACCGAGGUGAUGGCCACGCUCAUCGAGCAGUUCGCGGAGAUGGAGACCGCGGACUGCGAGCGGGUGCACGCCCUCUUCUGCGGUCUCGCCAAGCAGCUGGAGGAGCUCGAGAAUUUCUACGCCUGGUGCAAGGUCGUCUGCGUCUGCCGCCAGUCCGACGUCCCGGAGGUGGAGGUCGUGACGCAGAAGAAGCUGGAACUCAUGGACGAGUUCAUCCGCGACAGGCACGCCGCCGCGGACUCGCAGCAGAGGCUCCCGCCGCCGGAACCGGAGCCGAUGGAGAGCCCAGAGCCAGCCCCCGUCGAAGAGGAAGAAGAGGACGACGACGAUAUGAACGCCACCAAGGCACUUCCAGCGCCCGAGGAGCCGCCGGCUGCGGAGCAAGUCGAGCCAGAGGCCCCGCUCGUCGUGGCCGAUCCGGUCGAGGAGGAGGCCGACUUCUUGAACCUCAAGGCGGACGCCAUGUCCGGCGAAGAGCACGGGCAGCAGCUGGCGCUGGCGCUGUUCGACGGCGACAUAGCCGGCUCAGCGCCGAAAGGCAACGUGUUCCAAGGCACUUCGGCGGACUGGGAAACGGAGCUGGUCCAGUCCGCGAGCGCGCUUGCGAACCAGCGCGCCGAGCUCGGCGGCGGCCUCAGUAUGAUGGUGCUGGACGGGAUGUACAACCAUGCGGCGGUGGCCAGCAACGCACAGACGUUCUCCGGCAGCGCCAGCAGUGUGGCGUUGCGGCCACCCGGGGCGCCGCCCAUGCUCGCCUUGCCGGCGCCUCCAGCGGGAGGCAGCAGCGCCGCAGUAGGUGCAGACCCUUUCGCGGCGUCGGCGUUGGUGCCUCCGCCGACGUAUGUUCAGAUGUCCGACAUGCAGACGAAGCAGCAACUUCUGACGCAGGAGCAGCAGAUGUGGCGGCAGUACGGCAACAACGGAAUGAAUCAGGGAGCCUUGGCAAUGCUACAGCAGCGGCCAAACCAGAAUCAGCAGUUCCUACCUCACACGGGGCACAAUUACUCGGGGUAUCGAACUUCUUAGAUCAAUCAUCUGCAAAUGUGGUUUUCCACAUCUCCAGCGUUCGAAACAAAAAAUGCUCGGGGUAUCAGAUAGUCAAAUUCUAUCAAAUUCUACAAGGUUCGAAAGCGGCAGUCCAAUAUUGCUUAUAUAAUCAUAUUCAAA